AUGCUGUCGAGCGCGGGGCACUCCCCCAUGUCGACACACCACCACACCCAUGGCCUUGGCCACUCCCACUCCCAUGCCCACGCCCACGCCCAUACACCUACUACCGUUACGCACGCAUCAGCAGCAGCAUCAGCAGCAGCAGCACAUGCAUUCGCCCACUCACAUGCCCAUACGUUGACCCUGCCACCUAUUACCACGACCAACGGCAGCACCAAUACCACCACCACCAAUACCACCAAUAGCCACGGCUCAGGCUUUGGCUCAGGCUCUGGCUCUGGCUCUGGUUCCUUGACAUUGAGACCCUCGCCUCUCUCGUCCCAGGACAAUCUGCCCCGCGAUCUGCAGCACCUCAACGCCGUCCAGGCCGUCAAUACCCACUAUUCCACCGCAGGCUCCUCGCACUCGCGCUCCAAUCCGAACCUGCAUCUGGGCCUGAACAACCUCAGCGGCCUUAACCUCAAUAACCUGAACCUGGGCUCGCCCUCCCUCUCCACCCCUGCCUUGCCCUUGAGCUCCAUCUCCAACUCAAACUCGACCUCGACCUCGACCUCGAACCACAACCCCUCGCCGACCUCGUCCUCCCGCCCAAACGGUCUCUCCCUCUCCCUCGCCCACGGCCACGGCCACCACUCGCAUUCCCUCUCCCACCCUCCUCCCUCUGCCGGCGCUUCUCCUCAUUCGCCGCAGCACAGGCUGAGGCGCAUGCCAAACCUGCCCGACCAUCAUCGACGCCGCUCCGGCAGCCUUAGCAUUCCAACUAGCAACAACAACCACAACAACGGCGGGAGCAGCAGCAACACCACCCACAGCCACGCCCUCAACGGCUCGCAUGCCUCGACCCCAACCGCGAUGCCUUCGAUAAACGCGAUCGCCGGUGGCCCAGGACCUUCUCGAGGCGCUGGUGGCCCUGGUCCUGGUGGGGGUGGAAGUGGUGCCUCACAACCUGGAUUUGACGGCCCAAGAAGUCCUCCAAACACCUCACACGUGCCCUGCAAAUUCUUCCGCCAGGGUGCAUGUCAAGCCGGCGCCGCGUGCCCCUUCAGUCACGAUCUUGGAGCCUCGGCCGAGAACGUCUGCAAAUACUUCGCAAAGGGCAACUGCAAAUUUGGUCCCAAGUGCGCAAACAUCCACGUCCUCCCCGAUGGGAGGCGUGUCAAUUACGGCAAGAAUGGCGUCACCGUGACCCCCAUCAACUUUGGCAGCCGCCUAAACCCCAUGGCGUACGGACACCAAGCCUCCAACUCCGCCCUCACCACAUCCUUCAUGCGCGCCGAAGCUGCCCCUCCAUACACAACCUACACCGUUGCGACAUCAGAUGACCGGUAUGGCCAGGGACUGGGUAGACAGACGAGCAUGGAGAAUGGUUUACCUACCAUCGACACUCAGUACAGCGGCCAGGCCUCACCCUACGGCUCACCACAUGGGGGAGAGGAUGCGAUUCGCACAGGUUUCGGUCUGUCUCCCAUUGCAGCAAACAAAGGUCUGUCCGUCCUCGACGCACCGCUGCCCGCGUCCUUCGACAGCAACGGCAUCUCCCACGCCGCGCGAUACGGCCCCUGGCCCGCGUCCGUGCCUAACAAGUUCGGACUCGAGUCUCCGACCCCUUCACUCAGCAACGCCAAGGAUAGCCGGACAUCCGAGACUCUGAAGAUGCUGCACACCUCCGCCUUUGGAUCGAACGAGCACCUGUCGCCUAGCCACCUCGGUGGAGACGCCGAGGCCAUGGGCAGCAGCCCGCCGAUGCAGCCGAUUGGCGAGGAGCUCUAUGGCAGGCGGGCCAUGCACAGCAGCUCGAGUAAAUACGCGAAGCCCAGGCACUUGAGCGCCAGCGUGCCCAAAGUUGACCGUGACUGGGAGGAUAAUUUUCUGUUCCUGGAGGAAGACUACGUGCCUGGUGAGCUGGCCAACGACCUGCUCACGCCUGCAGAGAAGGCGCGGAGGGGUAGCGUUAGGGUGAUCGACGGCUCCGAGCAGCAUUCUGGCGAGAACUCGGCCUCGAAGUAUGGCAGUCCGAUCGGCGCGUCUAGUCCGAGCCGAUGGGGGCCCCUGUUCCAGCGACAGAAGGAGGAAGAUGGCGGACAGUCUGCGCUCGGCAGAAGUUUGAAGAGCGCCAGUGCGUUUGGCCAUGUUGGCAGCCCACUGCGCAAUUCAAGCCUCGCCAAUGGAAUCGAUAUGAUUGGAGGACUGAAUGGCAACAGCAGCAGACCGAGUCUGGCCGGAAGCCGGACCGCCAGCGGCACCGACAGUCUUUCAGCCUUGACGCAGCAGAUCCAGAACACGAGGAUCAACGACCAAAGCACCACGAGCUUGUCGUCCAGUCCGCACCUUCACCCCGGCAGCGCGGUCAACACGAGGGCGCCGAGCGGCGUAGGACACCCCACCGCGGGUGUAAUUGGGUCCUCAAACGGCAGGACUGAGAGGGACCAGAGGGCACUCGAGAGGCACAUCAGCAGCGGUUCGAUCGGAUCGAGUGCUAACGGCAGAUUCACGACGCCGAUUGACGAGGAAGACCCGAGUUUCGUUUUCAGCAUGGAGGACGAUGAUGACGGGCAGAAGGCGAGGAAACGCAUGUCUGGGGGUUUCGGUCUGGGCGGAGGCGGUGGCUGGAGCUAUGCUGCCGCGGCCACCGGCAAGACAGCCGCUGGCAACAAGAGCUCUGCCGUCGAGACUCGCUGA